GGAUCUCAUUGAACUUAAAAAUAUGUUUGUUUUACAAACCGUUUGAUAAAAACAUUAGAAAAUCAUGUCUUUUUGUUUUAGCAGAAUGUCUUCUUGUUUGAGAACAUUAAAGAUACACAAGACAUGUAAACACAUUCACGCGUCGUAUUCACAUUUUACAAAGAUAAAAAGAACGCAAGACAAACUGAAACUUACAUCAGCUGUUUUUAAAAACGAAAGUGAAGAUAAAAUCAGAUUAAACAUUUGCCAUAAGCUCCACUAUCAGUUUAAACAUCACUUUAACUCAUCCAGCAAACUUCAUGAUGACAGCAUUGACGUGUCUGAUAAAACACAACAUGAACUAAAAUCUAAAAAGUUGGGAGAUUUUGUACCUCGUCUUGCAAUCUUGUACAAGUGUAAAAUAUGUGGAACCAGAAACAACCAUACAUUUUCUAAAAAAUCUUAUGAAGAGGGAGUUGUGAUUGUGAAAUGUUCUAAAUGCCAGAGUAACCAUUUAAUUGCUGACAAUUUGGGAUGGUUUAAAGAUGUUAAUAAAAGAAAUAUUGAGGAAAUUUUGGCAGCUAAAGGUGACGAGGUGACUAGAUUAAAAGACGUAGACAUUCCUAAAGAGGUGUUGGAGGAAUUAAAAAAGAUGCAACAAAAGGACUGAAUCUUGUUAUUCACAUGCUAAGAUACUAUUCUAUUACUAUGUUGUUAUUAUUCCUAGAAAAUAUCUGCAUGAUAAAAAUGUAGACCAGCAGUAUCAUGAGGUCAGGAUCUGGGUGCUAUAACAUAUAAGAUGUGAUGCCAUCACUUUUUUUUCUAUUUUGUCUGCCUAUAUUUUAAAGAAUUGCAAAAUUUACUAACAAAGAAUGUAAAAAUAAAAUAUCUCAGAAGAAGGGAGGAUGUAACAUCAUAGCUAAAAUGUUGAAUUUUUUAAGGGUGUAUGUGUGGUAUAACCUUGAGAAACAACUUUAUAUCCAAAUUAAAAUAUGAACAAUGGUUUCUACUUGUAUUAAUCAAAUUGUUUCGGUUCUUCAAUCUUAUUAUAUUUAUAAUGUUAUGACUAUAAUAAAUAGUUCCUUUUUAUAUCAAGAUAAUAAAAAGUGCUUAUUAUUAAUACCAGUAAAUAACAUUCAAGAUAACACUGACAUUUUAAAUUUAGCAUUUCUUUUUACCUUUUAUUGUUUUAUACUCAAGUAUGUUUUAGGUUUUAACAACUUCUAAUAUAUACUGUGUGUCACAUUAAAUAAAUUUAAUAUGGUUUCAUCAGUGUAUACAUUGUCUCAGUAUACACAAUACAAGACAUGAACAUUCAUAUUUAUUGUUUUAAAAAUACAUUUUUACUGAAUGUGAAUGCCUUACUUUUGUACUGGUAGAAUGCUGUGGAUAACUCAGUCGUUGUGUUUUAAAUUUUAAUGUAUUUGGGUUCAAUUAAAUGCCUUAAUAUUUAGAUUAUGCUGUUUCCUGCAAAUGUAACAUAAAAAUAUUCUAUAAAAUAUGUAUAUAGACAUUACUUUUGCUGUUUUGAAUAAAGUGAAAAAAAAAACCCAC